AAAAAUUUAUUAAAAUGUGUAUCGAUUCAUAUUCGAUUUUAACUCGGGCACCCCAUUUUUGUUGGAUUUGAUUACGGCUUUGAAAGUAUAAACUGUAUUUAGAAAUAAACUUUCCUAAUAAAGCAUGGGCAAAACAAGAUGUGAGACACUUUAACUUCUUCACGCUUCAUUGUAAACUGUUUAUAAUGAUGCCACAAGCUGUUGUAUUAAUGGAAUAUUGCCAGAAAUCAAUCGAUGCUCACUCAAAUGCUUAUCAAAAAGUUACAAAAGAAAAACUGUUUUGUCGCGAAGAAGUAGUAAGUCUAAAACCCUUGCUUUCAAUUAACAGAUAUCAGCUUUUAAUGUCAGGAAUCUGUAAAAGAAAUCUUGUAAAAAGUCGGAAAUAAACGUUUUUAGUGAGUAAAGAAAAAAAUUGCGGUAUUGACAUAAAAAUUGCUAGUGUGGUGUUGAAUAAAAAUUGGGAAUUUUAUUCAAAAUUAGCCAAAUUCUCGAGAAAUCGAGGAUCGCUGUGCCUAUUGUUGAAGAUCGUAAUGCUUAUAGUUGGAGUUAAUGUCCUUAACUUUUCUCAAACGGAUAUUUUCUAUAUAGUCUGCUGUAACAUAAAUGGAGUUCAAAAUACUAGGAGAAAUUUGUUCUUUAUACGUCAUAAUAAAUCUUAAAUUUAUAGCCUAUACUAUAUUUGCCGGGGAUUUUUAGUUGUUCGAUGUAGUGAGAGCGGAAUUGAAUUGAGAAUUUCCUGUGUUAUCUUGUAAUAUUUAGUAAUUUUCAAAUGUUAAUGAUAAUUACGAAUGUGCAAUAUUCACAUAUGACAAGAUUAUUACAAAAGUGGAUAAAUUUUAAAAAUAUAUAACUAUAUUACUUUUAAAAUCAGUGAUAUAUGUAGAUAACAAUGCGAUGAUUGUAACUUAAACACGCACGCAGCAAACAUUUUCGAAAAUGAAGAAAGUCACAUGUUUGGUUUAUUUCAUUUUUACUAGCAAAAUCGUUGAGUCAGACAUUCCACAAAUAAAAUACAUUCGAGUAAUUUAUUUGAUCUCUAUUCUUCUGUAUAUCCGACCCUCUACGAUUUAUUUUUUGUGAAUUGAUCGACGAUGAAAGGAACGUUGUUUUUCGACAUACCACCGAAAUUAAUAUUUGUAUUAAUUUAUCUGUGCUCAUCCGUCUUAUCGGAUUGUCCGGCUCUAUAUAAACGUUACAGCCACGAACACACAUUCUGUAAAACGAAAAAUCAAAAAUGUCAUGUUAAAAAAUGGGGAGUGUCCGAAGACGAUCGAGAAAUCAUAAUUGAUUUACAUAACAAGGUAAGAAACAACAUCGCUAUCGGAAAGGACCAGUCUGGAAGACUUCCCGCUGCCGGAGAUAUGUUAGAAAUGGAAUGGGAUGACGAAUUAGCUCAGAUUGCACAGAAGCUUGCAGACCAAUGUGUCUUCAAGCACGAUUGCGAUGAUUGCAGAAAAGUCGAGAACUUCGACGUAGGACAAAACAUAUAUACUUCAACAAUCACUGCAGUCAAACCGCCCGAGUCAUUUUGGGUGGAUGCCAUACGCUCUUGGUACAGCGAAAUAUAUAGAUUCACCCCGGAUUUCAUAAAACCUUUCACCAGUGAUCAUGCCACUGGCCAUUUCACUCAGCUGGCGUGGUCUACAACGUGGCGAGUGGGUUGUGGAUACGUUCUGUACGAGAAGAGAAGAGACAGCUGGACGCAACUAUACGUUUGUAAUUACGGUCCGGCAGGCAACAUCGACGAUUCUGAAAUGUAUAAAGUAGGUAAACCGUGCGACAAAUGUCCGGGUAAUACUUGUUGCGGAGCUCAUUGCAAGACGAGGAAACCCAGUUCUUAUUUGGGAUUAUGCAAGGUUCUCAAUGGAAGGGGUCCAGAUUUCGACGAAACCGAUUUUGGCAAUUUCAUCUUUAAUUGCGAUUUUAGACCGGAAUCUUCGUCGGAUUGUAACUCCAAAGUGGAAGGAUCCAACAAAUGGCAAACUAGACAGAUUAUAUCCGAUGUGUACAAAACUGUAGUUUUAAACGGAGGAGAAAGCAGCUCUUUGAAAUUUUCUAGCAACAUUCAGUCUAAAAACGGUUUCUGUUUAACUGUAUCGUUUCGAAAAGGACCCAACGUGGCCGGGACGAAAAGCGAUAGUAAAUUCGACCUUCAGUUAGAAAGAAGAGGAUCCCCUCCUCUGUCUUUCGAAUUGGAUUCCGAAGGAAAUCAAUGGCUUCCGUACAGCAUGGGAAUACCUAUGAACCAACCCAUGCAGAUUAACCUGAAGUUCAGCGUUCCGAAAGGAUCACCCGCGCAAUAUUUAGAUGUAAAUUACGUUCGAGCGCGACCCGGAGUCUGCAAGUAGAUGGCAUUUACGUCUACGAAAAUACUCGGAAGCCGUUUAUGCACGACAGUUAAUUAUAUUUACCGGCAUUUAAUUAAGUUGUAAACGUUCUUUAACAGUUUCGGAUCCCGUAAUAAAAGUUUUGUUAAUCGAUUAACGACGUUUCGUACGUAAAUUAAAAGUUACGCCAGAACGCGAUCGCUUCUUUUAUCUAUUUAAUUCUAUCAGAGAUUUAUAAAUUGUAAAAUGUAACAAUAACAAACGUAUACUUACCUGGGUUGAGGUCGCGGCUAGUAAAAAAACCGGUUUUUUAGGUUAUUGCCGUUCAUAAUCAUCACCGACAUUUAGAUGAUAGAGCUAAUGCUGCCAGGCAGGUAGGAAGAAGUGGUUGCUUCAUACAUACUGGUGUGAGGUUUUCUCCGUAUCUGUCCUAUUAUUGGCAUAGAAGAUAAAUUGGGAAUGGAGAGGUAGACCCGAAGAUUUCGAUAACGAAAUUAGACUGGAAGAAACAUGACUCGUUUUAUAUUAUUCAGUUUAUGUUUUUGUUUUGUCGUCGUCUCCGCUUUUAGUUCCGGAAUACCGAUUUGGGAACUGCUUCAAUACGAAGAGAAGUUGGGACGCCUUCUUUACGUUUUUGUCCAUAUUGUGGAAAAAUGUUGCAAAAAUUUGGAUAUCAGCGAUUGUCGCAAAACUAUCAUCAUGGAUGGCGUGUCUAAUUUAUUAAACAAAACAGAAGAAAAUUUGGAUUUCUUAGAUCCAUAUCAAAAAAACGGACACAUACUCAUUUGGGAAGCAGCAACAAAAUCUAAAUAUAAGUGUAUUGCAAUAUUAGGAAAAAAUGGAAGUCAUAUUUUANU